AGAGUAUAAAAGACAUUGUCACCACUCUGUCGCACUAUCUCACCCCGUCUCUCCGUCUCUCUCACCCUGCCAUCCCCUGCACCAGCCAUGCCGCGCCUCUUCGUCUCCCUGUUGAUCCUGCUGGUGGCCGCCGCCGUCUAUGUUAUGGCAGCCCCCAGAUCGUGUUAUGCAGGGUACUUCCAGUGUGCUGAGGGCCUGUGCAUUCCCGAGGCGCUGGUGUGUGACGGGGAGCUCAACUGUAUUGCUGGGAAUGACGAAGAGAACUGCGCGCGUGAAGGCAAGGCACGUAGCUGCUUCCCAGGGUACUUCCAGUGUGCCUUAGGUAACUGUAUCCCCGGCAAUCUUGUGUGUGACGGGGAACUCAACUGUGUGACGGGCAACGACGAGGCCUUCUGCUGAGCUCUGCCUGGCCCGGUGCGCGCAACUCCUACGCAUUACUACCUUCCGUUCAGCAUCGUGGAGUGCGGAGUCUUUGUCAUGGUGUUUUCCUUGGAUUUUUUUAUGGGUAAUUUGUUUGUUAGGAAGCCACCUGCCAUGGGGGUAAACUCGCUGUCUCUUGAACCUCAGACUGAAAGCAGGUAUAAAUGUUUUAGGUAUGUACUAGCUGGAUUUUUAUUUAUUUGUUUAUUUAUUUAUUUAUUUUUUUCAUUUGGGAUAUUGUGACGUAUUUUAUAUUUUAGUAAUUCUUCCUUGUAUUUUAUCUGCAUCAUUAGACAGAUUUAUGGAUGGGGAUGAUAGGUGGAAAUAGGCAGGCGUGCUUCAUACUGGGACUGCCACAUGUAGACCUUGUGGCUUCUUGCAGCUUCCUUUAUUUCCUAGUAUUAUUAGUGGUGGUCAGCCCGGAAUCAGCUUUUCUGAGGGGAUUCUUAUUUAGGGAGUGGCACACUGAACAGGCUUUCAUCUCCGUAGUUGUCGUCCUCUCAGCCAGCUUCAUUCACUUAAAAAGUCGUCUCAUUUGUGUCUAGGUACCUGAGUGUGGGUCCCUCAAGGCGCUCAUACUGCUGGGGACAGUUUAAGCUUUAUCUUGCACGUUUUUCAAUGGAUUUUUUUUUUUUUUUUAUACUGGCAGUGCUUUUAUAGACAUCUUCAGUAUCCCCACCGAAAACUAACGUGUAGUGGUGUCAAGACUUAGUAGUGCUGAGAGAGAGAGAGAGAGAGAGAGAGAGAGAGAGAGAGAGAGGGAGGAGGGGAGCUACGAAGGGCACUCGCACUCAUAGGAAAUAAUGCAGGUGGGGCAGUAGAAGAACCUUUAUUAAACUUUUAUAUUUAAGAAUUUGAGUUUUUGGGUAUUUUAGUGGUGGGAAAAUGUGCAUGCUCUCUCUGUCUCUCUCUGAGAAAACCAACACUUGUAUCCUCUCACUGUGGUGGUUACAUGAACAUAACACACUCCAUUAGUCUGAUGGUGGUGUGUAGACUAAAAUCCUUUGUACUUUGCAUGUAACUAAUAAACUUUGCACUAAUGCUGUAGAAAUAAUAGAUGUAAGUUUGCAUGUAACUCAGAGAAAUAUACAAACUGAUCUAAUGAUGUAAUAAUUAGAGACUUUGUUGCAUGUAGCUACCAAAGAAAAUGCAAAAUAACUACUAAAGAAAAUAUAGACUACCUAACUACUAAAGAAAAAUAGAGAAUACCUAAUGUAAUUGUAAAGAUAUCUAUACAGUCAAACCUAAGUAGUAAUAAUAGAUGUAUUUUUUUGCAUGCAGCUAAUAAAAAAAUACACACACACACACACAUUACUUGAUGCUCUGUAGUAUAAUGAUAGAUGCACUGUACUUUAUUUGCAGGUGACUAAUAAAAGUACCUAUUCUCCACUACCUCACUAAAUAA